AUGCCUCAGCGCAAAUCCGUCGGCAAUGCUAAAAAGCGCGAGGCCAACAUCUAUAAUACCCACGACAAUGACCGCCAAGAUGCGUUCAUCAUCAUAAUAGAUUCGGCAUUAAUGAUUGAUCGGUCCAUCGUAACGAUCGAUGAGCGAAUAUCUGGCUGCAGGAGUGUAUGGAGGUCGUCCAGGCAUGCAUCGUGGCAUCAGACCGGAUAA